GACAGCCCAAGCUCCUGGUCAGAGAAUGAGAGAACACCCAACACAAAAUAAUCAGUCAAAUAACUGGACCUGCCGGUCGGAUAUUAUACAUCUUAAUUUCUGUCGGUGGCCAGGUGUUUUAUAGUAAUAAAAAUGGCCACGUCUGCCAGUGCUCAGUUGAGUAAAGUGGUAAAACGGCAGUAUAUGGAACUGCCUCAGGGAGACAACGUACAAGCCAUGUAUAUCUGGAUUGACGGAACCGGAGAAGGACUGCGAUGCAAGACCAGGACACUGGACUCCGAGCCUAAAAGCAUUGAAGAUCUUCCUGAGUGGAACUUUGAUGGUUCCAGCACGUAUCAAUCCGAAGGCUCCAACAGCGACAUGUAUCUCAUCCCCUCUGCCAUGUUCAGGGAUCCUUUCCGCAAAGACCCCAACAAAUUGGUCUUGUGUGAGGUGCUCAAGUACAACCGGAAAACUGCCGAAACCAACCAUCGUCAUACAUGUAAAAAGAUCAUGGAAAUGAUAGAUCAUCAGAUCCCUUGGUUUGGCAUGGAGCAGGAGUAUACCAUCCUGGGUACCGAUGGACAUCCCUUUGGUUGGCCCUCCAAUGGGUUCCCUGGUCCCCAAGGACCUUACUACUGUGGAGUUGGAGCAGAUAAAGCUUAUGGCAGAGACAUUGUGGAGGCGCAUUACAAAGCCUGCCUCUAUGCUGGUGUGAAGAUCUGUGGAACCAAUGCUGAAGUUAUGCCAGCUCAGUGGGAGUUCCAGAUUGGCCCCUGUGAAGGUAUCAGCAUGGGAGAUCACUUGUGGGUAGCUCGUUUCAUCUUGCACAGAGUUUGUGAAGAUUUUGGUGUGGUAGCCUCAUUUGAUCCUAAGCCAAUCACUGGCAACUGGAAUGGCGCUGGUUGCCACACUAACUUUAGCACCAAGGAAAUGCGGGAAGAUGGUGGGCUUAAAUGCAUUGAGGAGUGCAUUGAUAAGCUUGGAAAGAGGCACAACUACCACAUCCGUGCCUAUGAUCCAAAGGGAGGCCUGGACAAUGCUCGCAGACUGACUGGCCACCAUGAAACCUCCAACAUCCAUGAGUUCUCUGCAGGCGUGGCGAACCGUGGCGCUAGCAUCCGCAUCCCACGAACUGUGGGACAAGAAAAGAAGGGUUACUUUGAGGAUCGCCGCCCAUCUGCCAACUGUGACCCCUAUGCGGUCACCGAGGCCCUGAUUCGCACAUGUUUUCUAGAUGAAGAGGGUGACGAACCUGUGGACUACUAGAUCUCUCUUCUCCUGGACUGAACUUUCCUCCCCUUCUUGCCAUAACUCCAUUUUCUUUCUUUUUUUUCUUGGCCAUCAAGCCAAAUUAGUACUGUAUCUAGUUUUCUAUCAGGGUGGUUCUAACUUGGCAUUUUAAUAUCGCUGAAGUUGACUGGUCAACUUAACAUUUUAAGAUUAAAUGUGAAGUUAACCUGAUUUGACUGGGGACACGGUGUUGCAGGGCAUGUUUUUCCCCCUCCCGCCUUCCCUCAUUUUAAUUGUUUCUUGGAUUGGAUGUUUAACAUUAACGUUGAAAGCUCUCUAUGAUCCCAUGACUCUACCAUUUGGUAAUUAAGAUGGACUGAAAAGUGACUCAAGUGCACAGAAGAACCUAGGGCUGCCAAGGCUAGACAUCUAAUUUCUUUUAAACAAUAGCUAGUUGUUGCGCAUGUUGACUUGAUUAUUCAAGUAUGUAAUGUUUCAAUGCGUCUUACUGACAGUGUAUUAAUUGGCAAAUUUUGGUAUCCAUUUUGACUGUACACACUACACUGUUCUUGUUGUGCGGUACACUUCACCGUUGAGGUCCAGUAACUGUCCUGUUUUUAUAUUUGUGGAGCUGUUAUUUGUCAUGUUAAAUCCCUGAUUCAUCAAGGAUUUGAUCUUGUUUUUGUCUACUACUAUGACGUAACUGCACCUGUUUUGGUAAAAACCUUUAAGUUGCUAAAAAAAAAAAAAAAGGAGACUUAAAAAUUUAUUUUUUACCACAAA